CAGAAAUGUGAGAGAGCGGUAACGGUCAAAGCCAGCUGUAUCCCAAACCCCCAAUCGUGUCCUUAUUUCUAGCCACUUCAAACGGCUAUCUAGCCCUUCCAUUAUAAAGCAACUCCAUUUUCACUCCAUUUCCAAGCACAAUCUCAGAUCCCCUAUUUUCAUUUUUGCCAGACGUCUUCGUAUACGUCUUCGGCAUCUCUCUCUUUCUCUCUCUCUCUCUCUCUCGCUCGCUCGCUCGCUCGCUCUCGGACACUCGCAGAUAGCCAAGCAAAAUGAGAGAGUGCAUCUCAAUCCACAUUGGUCAGGCAGGGAUCCAAGUUGGAAACGCCUGCUGGGAGCUUUACUGCCUCGAACAUGGGAUUCAGCCUGAUGGACAAAUGCCGGGCGACAAAACCGUCGGCGGCGGAGACGACGCGUUCAACACCUUUUUUAGCGAAACCGGCGCAGGAAAACACGUUCCCCGCGCCGUGUUCUUGGAUUUGGAACCCACCGUCAUCGAUGAGGUCAGGACCGGAACUUAUCGGCAACUUUUCCACCCGGAGCAACUUAUCAGCGGCAAAGAAGACGCUGCCAAUAACUUCGCCAGAGGCCAUUACACAAUUGGGAAAGAGAUUGUGGACUUGUGCCUUGACCGCAUCAGGAAGCUUGCGGAUAACUGCACUGGUCUUCAAGGGUUCCUGGUUUUCCACGCCGUAGGCGGCGGCACUGGCUCCGGCCUCGGGUCUCUGCUUCUCGAAAGGCUCUCAGUAGACUACGGCAAGAAAUCCAAGCUGGGAUUCACUGUUUACCCUUCCCCUCAGGUCUCCACUUCUGUUGUUGAACCUUACAACAGCGUCUUGUCUACUCAUUCCCUUCUCGAGCACACAGAUGUCGCCGUGCUGCUCGACAAUGAAGCAAUCUAUGACAUCUGCCGCCGAUCUCUCGAUAUUGAGAGACCCACUUACACUAAUCUCAACAGGCUCGUGUCUCAGGUCAUCUCCUCAUUAACAGCAUCUCUUCGCUUUGACGGUGCCCUUAAUGUGGACGUCACGGAGUUCCAGACCAAUCUUGUUCCGUACCCCAGAAUCCAUUUCAUGCUUUCCUCCUACGCACCGGUAAUAUCCGCGGAAAAGGCCUAUCAUGAACAGCUCUCAGUCGCAGAGAUAACCAACAGUGCUUUCGAGCCUGCCUCGAUGAUGGCGAAAUGCGAUCCGCGCCACGGGAAGUACAUGGCCUGCUGCCUGAUGUACAGGGGCGACGUGGUGCCCAAGGACGUGAACGCGGCCGUGGCUACGAUCAAGACCAAGAGGACUAUUCAGUUUGUGGACUGGUGCCCAACUGGGUUCAAGUGUGGAAUCAACUACCAGCCCCCCACUGUUGUUCCUGGCGGCGACUUGGCCAAGGUUCAGAGAGCGGUGUGUAUGAUCUCGAACUCGACGAGUGUCGCCGAGGUGUUCUCGAGGAUUGAUCACAAGUUCGAUCUGAUGUAUGCCAAGCGUGCUUUCGUGCACUGGUACGUGGGUGAGGGUAUGGAGGAAGGAGAGUUUUCGGAAGCCAGAGAGGACUUGGCUGCGCUGGAGAAGGAUUAUGAGGAAGUUGGGGCGGAGUCUGGGGAAGGAGAUGAAGAUGAGGGUGACGAGUACUAGAGUGUGUUACGACAAUAGAAAGAGAAAAAAAAAAAAAACUGUUGUUUUGUGGGUUUCGAGAUUGUAGCCAAUGGACUCAUUUGGUCUACAAUGAGGAAUGCAAGUAGUAGUAGUUUUUAGUUUGUAGCUACAUGUUAAAUUAUUAUCUGUGGCUUCAACUAUUUCUAAUGGAACUGUUGAUUUAUGCUC